GAACUGAAACCUCCAACUCUAUUCAACCUCAACAAAAGCCCUUUCUCUCUCUACCCCUCGUCAUCUUCGUUUUUCCUGGUUUUUGAUAAAGAAUGAUGAGAGAAGAAGAGAUCGAAAAGCUUCGGGGAGUAGUGAGGGACUGCGUGAGCAAGCAUCUCUACUCCUCCGCCAUUUUCUUCGCUGACAAAGUCGCCGCCUUCACCAAUGACCCAGCCGAUAUCUACAUGCAGGCUCAAGCUCUCUUCCUUGGCCGCCAUUACCGCCGCGCCUAUCACCUCCUCAAUGCCUCUCAGAUCGUCCUCCGAGACCUUCGUUUCCGAUAUCUCGCCGCCAAAUGCCUCGAGGAACUGAGAGAAUGGGAUCAGUGUCUACUAAUGCUUGGGGACGCUAAAGUGGAUGAACACGGGAAUGUCUAUGACACAAAGGCUUCCAAUGCAUUGCACUUGGAUAAAUAUGGGGAAGAUCGCGAAAUUAAUAUAUCUUCUGCAAUAUGCUUUUUGAGAGGCAGAGCAUAUGAAGCUUUGGAAAACCGUGCCCAAGCUCGACAGUGGUAUAAAGCUGCUAUUAAAGCUGAUCCUUUAUGUUAUGAGGCUCUAGAAUGUCUUAUUGAAAAUCACAUGCUUUCAAGUGAGGAAGAAACAAGUCUCCUUUCCUCAUUGCACUUUGGUCCUGAAGAUGGGUGGCUGUCGUCAUUCUAUUUCUGUUUAAUAAAAAAGUAUGACAAAGAAUAUGUCGUUGAAGCCAAAUUCAAAGAACUCGAGAAAGAAAGUUGUAAUAGUAACCCUUCUGAUUCCUCCUUCAAGUGUACUCUCAAAAGCAACACUGAUCUUUUGGCCUGCAAAGCUGAAUACUAUCAUCAGUGUGGUGAAUAUCAAAAAUGCUUUGAACUAACCUCCAUACUCCUUGAAAAGGAUCCUUUCCAUCUGAAGAGUACAUUGGUGCAUCUUGCAGCUGCCAUGGAGCUUGGGCAUUCAAAUGAACUCUAUCUUAUGGCAUGCAAUCUUGUUAAGGAUUAUCCUCAAAAGGCUUUGUCAUGGUUUGCUGUUGGUUGCUAUUACUAUUGUAUCAAGAAGUAUGUCCAGUCUCGCAGUUAUUUCAGUAAGGCUACCAGUCUAGAUGGAACCUUUCCUCCUGCAUGGAUAGGCUAUGGUAAUGCUUUUGCUGCUCUAGAAGAAGGUGAUCAAGCAAUGUCAGCUUAUCGCACUGCUGCUCGUCUCUUUCCAGGGUGCCAUUUGCCAACUUUGUACAUUGGGAUGGAGUAUAUGCGAACCCGCAGUUUUAAACUUGCAGAGCAGUUUUUUAUGCAGGCUAAGAGUAUUUGCCCAUCAGAUCCGCUUGUAUAUAAUGAAUUAGGAGUUGUUGCUUAUCAUAUGAAGGAGUAUAGUAAAGCUGUACGGUGGUUUGAGAAAACAUUGGCUCACAUUCCUUCCCCUCUAAGUGAAAUGUGGGAACCGACUGUGGUUAAUCUUGCCCAUGCCUGCAGAAAAUUGAAGCUAUAUGGAGAAGCAAUUUCAUACUACGAAAAAGCACUUGCAUUAUCAACAAAAAGUGUGAGCACUUAUGCAGGUCUUGCAUACACCUAUCAUCUGCAGGAUAACUUUACGGCGGCAAUUACAUACUAUCACAAAGCGUUGUGGUUAAAAUCCGAUGAUCAGUUCUGCACUGAAAUGUUGAGUUUGGCUCUAGUAGACGAGUGUCGGGGUGGUGUGGAUGCCAAAGUUGAGUUCUGACGAAAUGAGGCUUACCUCUAAUGGUGCUUGCUGGUAUGGAUUUUGUUUAAUUUUGUAAGUAAUUAUUACCACAAUCAUCUUGCUCGGUUAUGGAUCUUGAAUGUAAUUCAUGAGUCAAUUUAAAGAAAGUCAGGGCUAUAUUUGUUGUAAUUUUCUUCUAAAUUGUGAGGUCCUGGUAUUCUUGAUCAAUCUCAACUUAACCAGUGCAUUAUUAUUUAUUAGUUA